AUGAUGUCUUGUACAUCACUGUUAGUUUGUACGGGUGUUGUUUUCUUCCUGCAUGUCUCUGAGGUCAUGACCGUCGAUGUAGACAGUUCGGCGGAUAGCGGCUUGCCGAAGACAUGGAUUGCGAAAAUCUUCUACGAGGCGCUGGUCGACUUCAGCGGGCCUAGUGACGUGGGCAGCACGGCAUGUCGCCAACAGACGCAAUUGUACGCCAGACACUUGGAAAAUGAUUCGUUGUGGGCGGUGCAGAGUCAGUAA